UUUUUUUUCUUUUGGUUGAAUGAAAAAAUCUUUCAUCGUGUAUGUGUUUGCUGUUGCUAUGUUCAUGGUCCAAUAUUCUGCUAGUGCCGACCAAAAAUGCAGUCAAAAUUUUUUUUUCUUUCUUUCUUUGAUUGCAUAGCACACAAUUCUUUUCCAUUUUAGAAUAAUUAUUCUGCAGAGAUCCACGCAUUCACACACCACACACACACACACACGUAAACACAGACAGAAUCCAUAAACAUAUGAAUAAGUGACAUUUUUUUCAAUCAUCAUCAUCAUCAUUGAAAUCAUUUGAUAAAUUAACACCAUCAACAUCAAUAUUUUAGACUGUUUGUGUUUUUUGUUUUUUCAUUGAUCUGUCAAGAUUAUGUCGCUUACGAUUACGAAUACAACACCAACGACAACAAAUAAGACGACAAAUCCGCCUAGCAUAAAAUCAAUGACAAUCGUUAAUAACGAUAACGAUUGAUAUCAACAAACAAAACAAAAACAAAAAACAUUGAAACAAAUUUAGGGGUGUGCAUGUAGAAAAGCAUAGCACACACGCACACACUCACACACCCUUCACCACCACUCACUAUCACCUUCACCGUUGACACUAAUUUCGCACCUACUAAUUGUCACUAUCUCCACUUUAAUCACCAUCAUCACUUCUUUAUCAUCACCAAAAAAAAAAAAUAGUAUCUUUUAUUAAUUACACCGUUAUCUUAAUUUAUUCAUCAUUAUCACCAUAAUUUUGGGUAUUAUUUGAAUAGCCUAAAACCAAAUAUUAAACACUUGAAUUGCAAAUUUAUCAAACAAAAAACGACAAACAAACAAGCAACAAGCUUCAAGAUUCAAGAUUCAUUAUUUGAAAUCGACACUUAAAUUUUUCAAAUUUAAAAUUUGUUGAGAUCUAUAUCCCCUUGAAAAAUAAAAACAAAAAAAAUGGCUGCUUUCAUUGCCAAACAAAUGAUGGGCAAUCAAUUGAACGCCGUUAAAGAAAUCGGCGGAGGAGAUGGUCCAUCGCCCGAGGAAAAAGAAAAAAUGGAACAAUUGGAACGUGAACGUUUAGAAGCAUUACGAGAAGCGGAAGAACGUAGACAGGAAAAACAUCGAAAAAUGGAAGAAGAACGUGAAUGUAUGCGACAAGGAAUUCGUGACAAGUAUGGUAUCAAAAAGAAAGAAGAAAAAGAAGCUGAAAUGAAAAAGAAACAAGAAGCAUUGAUGGGCGGUGCAGCUACCGAUUCCGGUAUAAAUAGGAAAAAGAAAACACCCGAAGAGAUUGCCGCCGAACAGGAACAAGCUAAUCAAGAUGAUUUUACAAAAUUGAAAAAUUCAAUUGAAACUCAAGUCAGCGAUAUUAAAGGUCAGAUUGAAGAAAAAUGUUCAAUUCAAUGAUGACAAUAAAUGUGGCGCCAUUGCACACAUUACACACAUUACACACACACACACACACGCUGAUUAAUUGAUACAUUAUUUCUUCAUCGAAUAGUGAAACUGAAACCAAAAACCAAAAACCAAAACCAAAAAAAAAAAAAAAAAAAAAAUUCAAGUAUCUUUCUAUCAGUGAAAAA